AUGAUGCGUCUCAUAAAUAAGUUUCAACACCUGAAGAUACAAUUAGAAGCAAUAAAAUUAGCAACCAACAACUUUGCUGAUGAAAAUUGCAUUGGUAGAGGUGGGUUUGGCAAAGUAUACAAGGGAGAUCUUGUUCAUUCCAAAGGGCAAAGAGUUGUUGCUUUAAAGCGAUUAGAUCCAAAAUUUGGACAAGGAAACCCCGAGUUUUGGAAGGAGAUCAUCAUGCUUUCUCUAUACAAGCAUGAAAAUAUUGUUUCUCUUUUAGGAUUUUGUGAUGAGAGUGACGAGAAGAUCCUUGUGUAUGAAUACGCAUCUAGGAGAAGUCUUGACUCAUAUCUCAAAAACGAUGAUCUAACUUGGACUCGACGACUUGAUAUUUGCAUCGGAGUGGCUCGUGGACUAGCAUACCUUCAUAAUCCUGGUGUGACCCAACAAAGAGUGUUACAUCGCGAUAUCAAGAGUUCUAACAUCCUACUUGAUGAGAACUGGAAUGCUAAGAUCUCAGAUCUAGGACUCUCCAAAUUUGGUCCUGCCAAUCAACAGUACACGUUUCUUGUCUCCAAUGCCGUAGGCACUAUUGGGUAUUGUGAUCCACUAUACAUUGAAACAGAGUUAUUAACAAAAGAAUCAGACGUUUAUUCUUUUGGGGUAGUGUUAUUUGAAGUGUUGUGUGGGAGGUUGUGUAUCACUAAAAAGAAUGGCAUUCAAGAGUCUUUAACAGCUUAUCGGUGUUUGAAGAGAGACUUGGAAGAUCGUCCACUGAUAUCCGACGUGGUGAGCAUACUUGAAAGCGCGCUCAAAUAUCAACAUGGUGCUCCAGAAUUUAUCAUCACUAAGCAACCAUAUAGCAAUCCAAGCACUGCUGAUACAGCUACAUGGUUUAAACGAAUACAAGCAAAGUUUGGACUGGAUUCAUCUGGUUCGACACAAAACCCAGACCAAUCAAGUAGCCAUGAUGAAGGAAACGCAACCAAGGAGAAAAGCGGCCAAAGCAGAGGUCAUAAAUGGUACAAACGAAAUAAGGAAAAGUCUGAUGAGAUGCAGUCAAACUCGGUUGCUAAUACUGUAAACCCCUCUGAUCCAGGUUAUGACACCACUGAGGUCGUACCUAAGGACACACAGGUUGUUGCUAUCCAGCCUAUUUCUGUCCCAUCUCUUCUGGUGGAAGAGUUGAAGGAAAUCACUGACAACUUUGGAUCGGUUUCAUUGAUUGGUGAGGGAGCUUAUGGAAGAACAUACUUUGGAGUUCUUAAAACUGGGCUUAAACAUGAUAAUGUCGUGGAGCUACUUGGAUAUUGUGUAGAUGGUGACUGGAGAGUACUUGCUUAUGAAUUUGCUUCACUUGGAUCUCUACGUGAUAUUCUUCAUGGAAGGAAAGGUGUUAAAGGUGCACAACAAGGUCCAAUUCUAUCAUGGUCCCAAAGAGUUAAAAUUGCUGUUGGGGCUGCAAAAGGGCUUGAAUACUUGCAUCAGAAGACACAACCUUCAAUUAUUCAUGCUGAUAUGAAGUCCAGUAAUGUUAUACUUUUUGAAGACCAUGUGGCUAAGAUUAGAGAUAUUGAUUUAACACAACAAACCCUAGGCAUGGCAGCACGUCUUCAUUCUACCCGUGUUCUUGGUACCUUUGGUUAUCAUGCACCUGAAUAUGCCUUGACAGGAGUGAUAAAUUUAAAGAGUGACGUUUACAGCUUUGGAGUUGUUCUCCUGGAACUCUUGACUGGACGAAAACCUGUUGACCAUACUUUGCCACGUGGCCAACAGAGUCUGGUUAGCUGGGCAACACCAAGACUCGGUGAAGAUAAGGUGAAAGAGUGUGUUGAUGCUAGACUUAAUGGAGAAUACCCACCAAAAGCUGUUGCCAAGCUGGCAGCAGUAGCAGCUUUGUGUGUCCAGUAUGAAGCUGAUUUUAGACCAAACAUGAGCAUUGUUGUUAAAGCACUGCAGUCAUUGUUGAAUGCAAAUGCUGGACCCCUCAACUGA